GGUUUGUCACCGUGACGUCAGAGAAGUAGAAAGUCAUCAGGGCGAGACGGCGGGUCUCUUGUGAGCUGGCGGCAGUGAACUGGAGUCGCCAUCUUAGACACUCGGACAAAACGACCACCCCCCUCGGAAGAUGUAUCCCACCACGCUGACUCAGCUGAGCCGGGCGAACCCGUUCAGCGCCCCGCUCUUCUCUCUGCAGCAGGUGGAAGAGCCGAGCCGGACCCCGGCUGCUCCUCCACAGACUCGCCGCCUCGCAGCUGCUGCAGUGGCAGAGGGAGACAGCUGUGCAUUUGGUUCAAAUAAGUAUUAUGCCCUUUGUGGCCUGGGUGGCAUUCUUAGCUGUGGCACAACACACACAGCUGUUGUGCCCCUUGACCUGGUUAAAUGCCGACUUCAGGUGAGCCCUGAUAAGUACAAGAACAUCUUCAAAGGCUUCUCCGUCACAAUCAAAGAAGAUGGCAUGCGAGGGCUUGCCCGGGGCUGGGCUCCCACGUUUAUUGGAUACUCCAUGCAGGGGCUCUGCAAGUUUGGGUUUUACGAGGUGUUCAAGAACGUGUAUGGAGAAUUUCUGGGAGAGGAAAAUAGCUACAUGUGGAGGACAUCCUUAUACCUGGCUGCUUCUGCCAGUGCAGAGUUCUUUGCAGAUAUUGCUCUGGCUCCCAUGGAAGCUGCCAAGGUCCGUAUUCAGACCCAGCCUGGGUAUGCCAACACUCUGAGGCAGGCUGUUCCAAAAAUGUAUGCAGAGGAAGGUAUCUGGGCGUUCUACAAAGGUGUUGUCCCACUGUGGAUGAGGCAGAUCCCAUACACCAUGAUGAAGUUUGCUUGCUUUGAGCGCACAGUUGAAGCCCUGUACAAAUAUGUGGUACCCAAGCCCCGUAGUGAGUGCAGCAAGCCUGAACAGCUUGUCGUCACAUUUGUUGCUGGUUAUAUCGCUGGUGUGUUCUGCGCUAUCGUGUCUCACCCUGCCGACUCUGUUGUGUCUGUGCUGAAUAAGGAGAAGGGUAGCACUGCCCUCCAGGUGCUCCAGAGACUUGGACCCAAAGGGGUCUGGAAGGGUCUCGUUGCCCGUAUCAUCAUGAUUGGUACCCUGACUGCUCUUCAGUGGUUCAUCUACGACUCCGUCAAGGUCUACUUCAGGCUGCCCCGCCCCCCUCCCCCCGAGAUGCCUGAGUCCCUGAAGAAGAAGCUGGGUCUGAUAGAGUAACUCCACCACAAGGAGACUCAGCUCUGCUCCAGGAGAGGAGCCAGCUGCUGGCAUGAUUACAAAGAGGAGGAGAUGAUCAGAUUUUAUAUAUUUAAAAAAGAAACGCCCCAAUCCAUCACUCUGCUGCUCGAAUGUAAUGUAAAUGUGGAUAGGGAAAACUCUCCUUGCCUAUAAAUUAGGGGGAGACCCAGAAAUGUGCUGUUAGUUUUAUCAACAUCUGUCUUUGGUUAUGUGAAAAUAAAUAUCUGUAAACACAACUGUA